AUGGUUUUAUUUAGAUACGAUAAAGGGAAAAUUGAGGAACCAUCUGUUUUAAAAACUACUACUCUAAGCAAGUUUGUUACAGAAUUUAUGUUAAGAAAAUUGUUUCGAUUCUAAUUCCGUUCUCUACAAGAUCAAAUUAAUAAAUAAUAGAAUUCUUAUAUAAUACCUGGGCCAAGGCUUACAUAAAAUUCCAUUGCAUCCUCUAGGGAUAAUUAAGAGUAGAAUUGAGGUAUAAAAACAGAGAAAUAAGGUAAAUAUCCUUGAAAUACAAAAUCAUUGAUAAUCUUUCUCCAAUCUUAUCUGUAAAGUACGUAUUUGUGUUUUUAAUUAUAUUGAAUCUUUAUUCAUUAAUAGUGGCUCCUGAUCAUCCAAGCAGAAGAAAAGUGACACCUAUUACAUUAAUGAAAAUGCCGUAUUGAGUUGUUACACCUCUGCUCAUCAAAUUGAAUUAAUAGAGAAAAAUUUUGAUGCUUUUGUUUUUAGAGGAGAUGUUUAUAUAUUGAUGAAGUAGAUGCAAUACAUUAUCCAGUCUUCCAUUAAAUAGAGACGGUCAGAAUCUUUUAAUCAGAACUAUUCUCAUCCAAAUAUUUUUAACAUUAAAUACAAGAAUCUAUGGACGAAUAAAAAGAAACUUUGGAAAAAAUUGACUAAACAUCUAUUUGAGGAUUGUAUAAAUGAGAUAGGUUGGAACUACAUUACCAUUUACUAAUCCUUCUAUACUUGGAUGUGGUGCUAUUCAUUAAGAUUUAAUGAAAAACUGUUAAGCAUGUAUUUAUAACAAUCCAGAGGCUCACUGAAGUUGGAUGGGCAGCAGGUUUGGGAUUAGCUCUCUCCUCUUAUUCUAAAUCUCAGAUAUUGGUCUAUUUUGUCUCAGGAUCCAAGAUUUCUUGAAUAGUUUAAAGCUGGCGUUCUGGUAAUGGUACCAUUUGAAAUUUUAACAAAAAUUAUAAUACUUUUAUUAAAAUUGAAAAAUUUAUCACAAUAUUUUUAGUAUAAUUACUUUGAUGUAAAAUAUUAUUAAAAUAUCAUAUAUUGUUUAAAGCAAACUUUGAAAUUAGGACUAUAAUAAUUGUUGGACUCUUUUGUUUAGACUGAUUUGAAAUUAAACAACUUAAACAUAUUGGAUCUAAAUAGUUUACUUAAAUAUAACUCUAGUAAUCAAUAUUAUCAUAAUCCCAUAAUAAACUUUCUCUUAAUUAUGAAAAUAUUUAAAAUAUUCUGA